GCAGCUCUCAAAAAAGGCACAAACAACUGAAGGACGGGCACCAUUCCAUAUGUCAAAAGCAUGUUGAAAGAAAAAUAAGGAAGGCAGGAGCCUCAGUAUGAAUCAGUCUAGACCUAGGUUAGGUAAUGAUGGUGAAGAACCCUCAUCUCAAGACCGUAAUGAUCGUGAAAGUGGGAGAAGAAGGCAGCAAGAACGCCUCCUUAGAGAAGAAGCCUAUUAUCAGUUUAUUAAUGAACUCAGUGAUGAAGAUUAUCGGCUAAUGAGAGACCACAAUCUUUUAGGCACCCCUGGAGAAAUAACAUCACAAGAACUGCAGCAGUGGUUAGAUGGAGUGAAGGAGCAGCUAGCAUCUCAGCCUGACUUGAGAAAUGGGACAAAUAACAGAGACUUGGAAGUCCCUAGAGAAAGUUCAAGUGAAGAUUCUUUGCUAGAAGGGCUGCACACCUUUCGUCUUACUAGCAAUGCCACUCGAAGUGGACAAAAUGGGAACCAAACUUGGAGAGCUGUGAGUCGAACAAACCCAACCAGUGGAGAGUUUCGGUUUAGUCUGGAAAUCCACAUAAAUCAAGAGAAUAGAGGAUUUGAAAUUCGUGGGGAAGAUGAGAUGGGCACUUCACAUCCAGAUAUUAUUAGAGAUCAUAUGAGAAGUAGGCAACAAAGAUCAACUAGUCGUGUGGCUCGGAGAACAAGAAGCCAAACCUCAGUGAAUUUCAGUGGUGGUAGUUCCAACGCUCCAAGGACUAGGCUUGGGUCGAGGAGGCAGAAUUCAGUGGAUGGAUCGCACUCUCCACUGGGAAGGUUAAGGAGUAGAACUGGGAGAACGGUUGGUGCUCCCAGAAGUAGCGCUUCACACAGUAACUUUAGUAGUCAAUCAGGUGGUAGUGAACUCAGGCAAAGGAAAGGACAGCGAUUUGGAGCAGCACAUAUUUGGGAAAACGGGGCUAGAAGUAAUGUUACAGUGAGGAAUACAAACCAAAGAUUAGAGCCAAUAAGAUUGCAGUCUACUUUCAGUAGCUGAAGCUGCUCACCAAUUCAGAGACAGAGUGGUACUGUUUAUAAUUCCCAAAGGGAAAGUAGACCUUCACGGCAAACUGGUAGGUCUGUGAGGAGAAGAGGUAUAACUCAGGUCUUUUUGGAUCCAGAUAGAGAACAAAGAGGCACUACAUAUUCCCAGUUCUCUAAUUCAAGACUUGUGUCAAGAAUAACAGUAGAAGAAGGGGAGGAGUCCAACAGAUCCUCACCUGCUGUUUCACGGCAUCCAACAAUUACACUGAACCUUCAAGUAAGAAGGAUUCGUCCUGGAGAAAAUAGAGAUCAGGAUAGUAUUGCAAGUGGGACCCGAUCCAGAGCAGGGCUGGCAGAAAACACAGUCACUGUUGAAAGCGAUAGUGGGGGAUUUCGCAGAACCAUUUCUCGUUUAGAGCGGUCAGGCAUUCGAGCCUAGGUCAGUACCAUAACAGUGCCUCUUCGUAGGAUUUCUGAGAAUGAGGUUGUUGAGCCAUCCUCAACGGCUCUUCGGUCAAUUUUUAGGCAGAUUGUGACUGGGUUUGGAGAGCUGAGUUCUCUAAUGGAGGCAGAAUCAGAGUCAGAGAUUCAGAGAAAUGGUCAGCAUUUGCCAGAACUGAAUAGUUUAGGUACAGCUGAUGACAGCAGCCAGCGAAGUGAAAGUUCCUCUCAACACAGGCGAGCCCAAAGAGAUAGCACUGAAAUGCCAGGUGAAAAUGAGUCCACUCGGCCUCAGCACAGAAGCGGUGCCAAUAGAAGUCGCAGGCAGCUGCGAAACUCAAACAGUUUGGUAGCCGGAACACUACCUAUUCUUCGCCUUGCUCGCUUCUUUUUAUUAAACGAAAGUGACGAUGAUCAAAUACAUGGUUUAACCAAAGAGCAGAUUGACAAUCCUUCUACCCGGAACUAUGAGCAUAGCAGCAUUGACAAUGAACUAAAUAAAAUUUGUAGUGUUUGUAUCAGUGGCUGUGUAACUGGAAACAAGCUCAGGCAGUUACCCUGCAUGCACGAAUUUCACAUUCAUGACCGAUGGCUGUCAGAGAAUUGCACUUGUCCAGUCUGUCGGCAGCCUGUUUUCGAUUCCAGUAGAGCAAACAAUGGGUGAAAUAAAGGGAUCUAUUCAAAUAUUGUAUUUUAAUAGAUCUGAGUGUGUAAACAUUCUUUCAUUGAGUUGUAAUGAGCUAACCAGGAUGAAGAAUAAGAUUAUAGUUUGAACUAUUUUUGUGUGCUUUUUUAACUUGUCAAGAGUAGAAUUUAUAUAAAUUUAAAAUAAAAAUGUUAAAUUGUCCAGAAGUACAGAAUAGUUAAUAUUGCUAGAACCAUAUAAUCUUUAAAAUGUUUCUAUUUUGGUAAUUUUGUCAUGCUAAGCACUUUUGUAUCUGCACAAUUCAAUGACUUAAAAAUCUUCCUCUUUUCAUAUUAUUACAGAAGACUUAUUUGAGUUUUUAAGUUUCAUAAGCUUAGUACUAUGUCUAGCCAUUAAUGUCUAAGCCUUUCAAAGAAUGUUUGGGCUGAAUGUUUACUAUGUAUAUUUAAGUUGCCUGAAAUGAUAAUUUAAUAUGCAACAUACAUUAGGUGUAUAUAUAGAUAUAUAAUUUUAAGGUUAAAAUAUCUUGUCUAAAAACUAUAAAUAUGAUUCUUAUUUAAGCUUUUGGGCUAAUACUGUAUAUGACA